AUGGACGAAGCCGAGAAGAUUCGCGUGCCUCCCUCACAGUUUAAAGCCGAUGUUUGGACGCAUUUCGGCUUCCGAAACAAAGACGAAAGCGUUGCCCUCACAUGCGAUGGAUGGACUUCGCGAGCCACAGAGCCAUACCUCACUAUAACAUCGCACCACAUUGACGAGAGCUGGGAGUUGGUUUCUCACGUGUUACAGACUAGGGCUCUGUUUGAGUCCCACACCGGCACCAACAUUGCUCAGGUGCUGAGAGCGGCGCUGGAAGAAUGGGAGCUUAUUAACAAAGACCCUGCAAUAGUAACAGACAAUGCCUCGAAUAUGACCAUCGCUGCACAGCUGGCACACAUGCAACAUUUCAAGUGUUUCGCCCACACCUUGAAUUUGGCAUCUCAGCGUGCCCUGAAACUCCCCACUGUCAGUAGAUUGUUAGGAAGAGUAAGACGGGUGACUGCAUUUUUCAGACGCAGUACUGUUGCGUCCCACGUAUUGCGUGAGAAGCAAGGUUUGCUGAAUCUCCCUCGCCACAAAUUGAUGACAGACGUCGCCACUCGCUGGAACAGCGCGCACGACAUGCUGGAGCGUUUCUUGGAGCAACAGCCUGCCAUCCACGCUGCGCUCCUGUCUGCCGAAAUGCGGAAGUCUGAGAAGGACAUCUGCACACUUACAGAGUCUGACAUAACUGCUGCUGAGGAGGUCGUCGCUGCCAUGAAACCUAUGAAAGUAGCCACACUCGCAAUAUCAGAGGAGACCAGUCCAACGCUAUCUAUUGUAGCGCCACUCCAUGCUCAACUCGUCCAUCAGCUUCAAGACAACCCGAGUGAUUCCACAUUGACAAGGGAACUUAAAACCACAAUAUGCCAGGAUCUUAACAAGAGAUACUUAAAUGAAAAGGAGGCGCUGUAUAAGGCCUCGGCUCUUGAUCCCCGUUUUAAGGCCCUACCUUUCCUUUCCGAGGACGAGAGGGAAGAUGUCUACAAUGGAAUAACUGCAGAAGCUACCAGGACCAAGUGGGCAUUACAGCAAAGCAAAAGUGGACUUCAGGCAGAAUCAAUGGAGGAUGGCAGCCAGGAUCCUGACCAAGAAGACAUGUCUGCAAUAUGUUCAUCAAAAUCACCAAAACCUUGUUCUCUAGCUGAUCUACUUGGGCAGACAUAUGCAGCAGGUGCUGCAAAGAAAUCGAAAACAGCUGAGGACCAGGUGAUCGAGGAGAUCACAAGAUAUAAGGAGGAGGCACCCCUGGCACUUGGUGUCAACCCACUGGAGUGGUGGAAGGAACAUGAGUGCCAGUAUCCUUUUCUUUCAAAAGUCGCCAAGAAACACCUGUGCAUCCCAUGGACUAGUGUCCCCUCUGAGAGGGUUUUCUCUACUGCUGGGGACAUAAUAACUGCCAAACGAAGUGCAAUUGCCCCUGAGCACCUGGACCAGCUGCUUUUCCUGAAUAAAAACAUAAAGCACUAG